UGGUCGGCUGCACUCCAUCCACUUCCUGGGACUCCAGAUUUUCCUGUUCUCUCCCAGCCCUCUACCCACCCACCUAGCUACGCAGCCCAGACUCACUGGGCUCUGCCUGCGCACACAGUACAGGAGCUGCUGCUCCCUGGGUGUAGGCCUCUAGCAGGAAGUCCUUGCCAGCAGUCCAUGAAGCCCCAUGCUUGACCGCACAUAACAUUUGCCUGAAUUUUUUACUUCACAUAGAGCUCGUUUUAAAAAUUAAGACGGCACAUUCAAUGCAAAACCACAACUGACGUCUGCUUACACAGGUGCAGAUAUUUUCCUCUGGAACAAUGCGGACAGGUGAGAGGUGUGGCUUCUGUGCAGCCAGAUCAUGGGUGUUAGGGUCACCCUCAGAGCCGGCCCCCAUGCAGGCUGUCUUACGAGGUCUCUGUGUGUGUGACAUGUGAGUGUGAUGACUGUGCCAUAUGAGAAGGUGUGUGUAUGUGUAUAUGGGUAUGAGGGUGCGGUAGGAAUGCUGGGUUAGGGUGAGUGUGCAUCAGACUGGGCAGAUCACGGCCCUCCCCAGAUAAAGCCCAGGUCUUGUCAGCCACGAACCUAUGUGUAGUUGGCCUCCUGCAGUCCUCCUCCAAGCCCAUGGGCUGACCCUGCCAUGCAGCUGUGCCCUCUGCCUGCAGCCCUUUGUCUGGAAGGGGCCCCGGGCCCUGGCAAUGCCCCUUGCUCAGGUUCUGGAGGUAUCAAAUGAUGAACUGCCAGCCACCAGUCCUCCCAGGAGGGUCUUAGGCGAGGAGUCCUGAGCAGGUUUUAUCAGUGGACACUGGGGGACUGAAUCUCAGGAGGGCUUUCUGGACAGCAGGCUGGGCAGUACAGUACCUCAGAGCCCACCCCCAUUCUGUCUCUAAUUUUCCCAAGACCCCUGUUUACCCAGAAGAGACACCUUUUCCUGGUCUCACCAAGCACUGUCAGUGGCCCUGGCCCCCACCCACUUCUGGCGGGCAUCACCCGUCCCAGCUCUCAGUCCACCAGCGGGCCCUCUGCCUCUCCGUAUUCUUCAUGCCCACCCUUCCCUCCCAGAGGGAGUUGGUGAACCAGGGGAUCCCAGAUGCCUCUAGGACAGUUUCCUUUCUCUACCACUGGGUUGUGGGCUUCACAAAUAACCCUCUGCUUGGGACAUCUACCUAAGAUCCUCCCGGAAGGAUCGGUGGCUGAUGAUUCCUCACUUGGAGCCUCCAGAACCUGAGCAAGGAGACUGACACUCCCCAGGCCAAUUUCCUGUGAAUGGCCAUGGAAUCUGCUGCAGCGGUCCAGGUUUGGUCUGGAGGGCUCUCGUAGUCUGGCGCCAACUCUACGAAAGGGGAGACCAAGACGCAGCGUUCCCGCCCCGCCACCAGCGCUGGAACAGCCUGGGCUCGCCUCCCACACACCAUUGAGGCCGAGUCCUCCGCCCUGCCUAGAGCGCCCCGGAAGUGACCGGGGGAAGGCCUCGAGGAGCGGACCAGAGGUGGGCAGCACUUCCGGCCGACGGCUGCGGGUCGGCGCCCACAGCCCUGCACCGAUCUUCCACUCUGAACCUGGUCCCAGGAAAGGAAUCGCUUUCAGGACAAGCCCCUAGGAGAUCAAGGAUCUUCCUCUUCGGAUUUCCCCCGCCGGGAAUCGGGGCUGUGGAUGAAACACCACUGUAGACCCUGGAGAGAGGUAUUCCCAGCUCAUGCUGCAAAACAUCCGUUAAUGAAACCUGGCAGUGUUUGAGGGAGCUCUUUUGCUGUGUAUACAGAGAAGCCCAAGGGUCCAGCUGAGUGGAGCAGCCCCAGGCAGUGUGACAUUGGCCAUCUGUCCUGCAGAAAGACUUGGUAGCAGACCAUGUUGUUAGGAGCCAAGGCCUGAGCUUGCUGGAGCCCAGAACACUGAACUGAAGGAAGGCUGAGGCAAGAGAUUGCUGCAAGUGGAAGGCAGAGCCAGUGAGGGACUGGAGUUGAGCCUGGGAUCAGCAGGUCAGAAGGACAGAGGGGAGAGGCAAAGACUGAGGCAGAGAAGGAGUAGUUCCAGGCCAGGCCACGCCAUCCCCCCCCCCCCAUGGCCUCCAAGCAGAAUGCUGCAAAGGGCAGGGGGGAAAAGCGCAAGCGGGUGGUCCUGACCCUGAAGGAGAAGAUUGACAUCUGCACACGCCUGGAGCGGGGCGAGAGCAGGAAGGCGCUGAUGCAGGAGUACAAUGUGGGCAUGUCCACCCUGUAUGACAUCAAGGCUCACAAGACACAGCUGCUCAGGUUCUUUGCCAACUCAGACUCCAGACAGGCACUGGAGCAGCGGCGCACUUUGCACACGCCAAAGCUGGAGCACCUGGAUCGGGUGCUAUAUGAGUGGUUCUUGGUAAAGCGCGCCGAGGGCAUCCCUGUGUCAGGUCCCAUGCUCAUCGAGAAGGCCAAGGACUUCUACGAGCAAAUGCAGCUGACCGAGCCCUGUGUGUUUUCUGGAGGGUGGCUUUGGCGCUUUAAGGCCAGGCAUGGCAUUAAAAAGCUAGAUGCAUCCAGUGAGAAGCAGGUGGCUGACCACCAAGCAGCUGAGCAGUUCUGUGGCUUUUUUAGGAGCUUGACUGCUGAGCACGGGCUGUCCCCUGAGCAGGUUUACAGUGCUGAUGAGACUGGCCUUUUCUGGCGGUGCUUACCAAAUCCCAACCCGGAUGGUGGGACCAUGCCCAGCCUCAAACAAGGCAAGGACAGACUGACUGUCCUGAUGUGUGCCAAUGCCACGGGGUCCCACAGAAUCAAACCCUUGGCCAUUGGGAAGUGUGGUGGCCCCAGGGCAUUCAGAGGCAUCCAGCACCUGCCUGUUGCCUAUAAGGCCCAGGGCAAUGCCUGGGUAGACAAGGAAAUUUUCGCAGAUUGGUUCCAUCACAUCUUUGUCCCCUCGGUGCGUGAGCACUUCAGAGCAAUAGGUUUGCCCGAAGACAGCAAGGCCAUCCUCUUGCUGGAUAACUCCCGGGCCCACCCACAGGAGUCUGAGUUGAUGUCUGAUAACAUUUUCACCAUCUUCCUGCCUGCCAGUGUGACCUCCUUAAUUCAGCCCAUGGAGCAAGGCAUUCGAAGAGACUUCAUGAGGCACUUCAUUAGCCCUCCCGUCACCCUGCAGGGCUUCCAUUCCCGCUACAGCAUGAACGAUACCAUUUUCAAUGUGGCCUGUGCCUGGAAUGCCGUGCCCAGCCAGGUCUUCAGGCAGGCUUGGAGGAAGCUGUGGCCUGCAGGUGCCUUCACUGACAGCUCAUUGGAGGAGGAGGAAGUGGCGGCAGAGCACUGCACCUCUAAGCCUCACCAUAAGACUUUUGCCCACAUCCUUGAGCUGGUGAAAGAGGGCCCCUCCUGCCCGGGCAGCAGGCUUCAGAACAUCGGGGCAGAGGAGCAGGGCACAGUUGGGAGGGAGGAGGGUGAGGCACACACUGCCGCGCCACCAGCCCAGGUAGAUGGGCAUGCAGAAGGGGAGCGGGGCACUGAGGAGGAUGAUGAGGCAGCCUGGGAGCAGGCGGCAGCAUCCUUUGAAGCUAUUGUGCACUUUGCCGAACAGCAGCCAUGCUUCACCAUGCAGGAGGCGGAGCAGCUGCAUGCGCUGCACUCUGCAUUCAGCCGACAGUGGCAGCUAAGACAGCGGCGGCUUGCUCUGAGAGCUGUGGUCAAAAUUGAGGCCCUCCAGGAGUGCCCUGCUGGGGGCACAGGCCCAACCCUCUCCCCUUUGCCCUGCUCAUCUACAGCAGGUGAUCACUGAUGAUAGCCUGAAGCUGGGCUCCCUAGAGUGCCCACACGCUCAGACACCCAGAGCUCUCGCCAGCUGCUGUGUUACUCAGGAGGGCCUGGCCCUGUGUGUUCCAGCUGACCAGGGUUUUUCUGUGACCUGAAUGGGAUGAGACCUGCAAGGAGACCCCCUACGUGAAGCACCCUUAAACCUUCUGUAGCUGUAGCUGGGGCCAGGCUGAGCCAUGUGUGUCAGGGGCAAGACAUGUCUGCCCAAGAGGAGAAAACCACCAUGCUGGCCCGAGAAGGGUUGGUGGGCUGGGUGACUGGGCGUUCCUGUGUAGGGUGGACACUGAGCCUGGUACCUGAGGGCAAGAUGCCAAGGACUAUGACACAAGUUGAUCACCUCCACUGCCAGAAUAGCGCACUUGUGGCUGCAUAGGCAGCAAACACAGCCCUCUUGCAGGUGGCUACUUCAGCCAUGGUCCUAAAUGGACUAUAGCAUCCCCUGUGGCCAACAGGCCCCACAGCUCAGGUCUGAGCCAUGCUGCUGCUGACAGGGUGGCGUGACUUCCUGUACAGAGUUAUAGCUACCUGGCCAGGUCCUCUCCUUGUCCCCAGGGACCAUGGACACUUGUUUUCAGCCUUUGGUUCAAAGGCCAGCGCAGAGUCCAUAUUCAGUGCUCUCCUGAAUUUCACGGUUACAGCAUUUACAUGGAGAGAUCUUGAUGAGGCAUUCAGAAAUUACUCCUAGGCUUGCACUGAGCAUGGUAAAACAGACUUCUGGGGGCUCCAGCGGUGUUAGAGCUUUUAUCCUCAGCUAACAGGUUAGUGAUACUCCCAGGGAAGGCAUGUCCACAUGGGUUGGUUUCACAAAAGCAUUUGUAGGAAGAUGCAGUCUGAUUUCCCCAGACCUUGUAGCUGAUUUGUAGCUUCUCAUUUUAGGCACCAUGGCCUCCUGUACCUGUGAUUUCAGAAGGCCCUUUGUCCAUGGUCAUUAGCACCUCUGAAUGUACAUGAAAUAGGUGUAUUUUUCUAUGUUCUUUCACUGCUUUCCCCUGAACUCCACUCCCUCUCAGAUUCAAGUCAUGGCAGCUGAAUCGGCACCUAGUUUUCAUUCCAGUGUUUGCUAGUUAUUCCACCAAGACUUUUGCUCCCGGGAUCCCAUGAAGCCAAGGGGACUUCGGGGAGAGUGCUUUGCAUUUUUAACAACUGUCCAAACACUGAGGCCAUAGUCAUUGCCUCCAUAGCACUAGUGGCCAUGUGUGUUUCUUGCUUUAAAGGCAUGUGUGAAGACUAUAAAAAUCAGAUAGUUUUCAGA